AUGGCAAUGGCAUCUCUAGUAAAGGUGAUUCUGGGCUCAAUUGCCUUCGCAAUCUUUUGGGUGUUGGCGGUUUUCCCAGCUGUCCCUUUUCUACCAAUAGGGAGGACUGCAGGAUCCCUCUUAAGCGCCAUGCUUAUGGUCUUAUUCCAAGUCAUAUCACCUGAUCAAGCCUAUGCUGCAAUUGAUCUUCCCAUACUUGGUCUUCUCUUUGGGACAAUGGUCGUGAGUGUGUAUCUGGAAAGAGCAGAUAUGUUCAAAUACUUGGGUAAGUUGCUCUCUUGGAAAAGCAAAGGGCCGAAGGACUUAAUUUGUCGAAUCUGCUUGAUUUCAGCCAUUUCAAGUGCUCUUUUCACCAAUGAUACCUCUUGUGUGGUCUUGACUGAGUUUGUAUUGAAAAUUGCUCGGCAACAUAAUCUCCCUCCACAUCCAUUCCUAAUUGCUCUUGCAUCAAGUGCUAACAUUGGUUCUUCAGCAACUCCCAUUGGUAACUCUCAAAACUUGGUUAUAGCUGUUCAGAGCAAGAUUAGUUUUGGAAAGUUUCUAAUUGGAAUCCUCCCUGCAAUGCUUAUGGGAGUUUUUGUGAAUGCUGUAAUUAUUCUUCUCAUGUACUGGAAGUUGUUAUCCUCUCAGAAGGAUGAAGAAGAUGCAACUGCUGAUGUUGUAGCAGAAGAGGAUGUGACUUCUCAUCGGUUUUCACCAGCCACUAUGUCGCAUGAGACAUCCUUAAAUUCUCAGGAACGGAACUCUAGAGCGGAAUCUAUUAAUUUCCAAAGUUCUCCCAAUGUGAAUAUCAAUAUAGUUCAUGUUGAUACUCUUAGAAAUCGAGCUAGUUCUAUUGAGAAUGAAAUCCACAGGGUACAUAGUGGUGCAAUCGGAACACCAGGAAAUUCAAAUGAAUCAAAAGAGGUGUCAACGGAUGGAUCUUCUCAGAGAAGGGAGGAAGCUUUCUCUCCAAAGGGGGUUGCAUCAACAAUUAGAUUGAGCAAUGUUCUUUCACAGCAGAUCUUAGACGGAAAGGAAAAUUUGGCCACAAGGUGGAAAAAAAUAUUGUGGAAAUCAUGUGUUUACCUUGUUACUGUAGGAAUGUUAAUUUCUCUGCUUAUGGGUCUCAACAUGUCCUGGACUGCAAUUACUGCUGCACUUGCUCUUGUGGUUCUCGAUUUCAAAGAUGCUCGACCAAGCCUGGAAAAGGUGUCUUAUUCGCUUUUAAUUUUCUUCUGUGGAAUGUUUAUCACUGUUGAUGGCUUUAACAAAACUGGAAUUCCAAGCACUCUUUGGGAUUUCAUGGAGCCCUAUGCACAGAUUGAUCACGUUAGUGGGACAGCAGUUCUUGCUGUUGUCAUUCUUGUCCUGUCAAAUGUGGCAUCCAAUGUACCAACUGUUCUCUUGCUUGGAGGUCGAGUAGCAGCAUCUGCAGCUGCAAUAUCUGCAGCCGAUGAGAAGAAGUCGUGGCUAAUUUUAGCUUGGGUCAGCACAGUAGCUGGGAACCUCUCAUUACUUGGAUCAGCUGCCAACUUGAUAGUAUGUGAGCAAGCUCGCCGUGCUCCACACCUUGCAUAUACCUUAUCCUUCUGGAAUCAUCUCAAAUUCGGAGUGCCCUCAACCCUGAUAGUUACAGCAAUUGGUUUGAUGUUGUUAAGAUGAUUCUGAUCUCCUUCAGCAGAAUCUGUUCAUGUAAAUAUUUUUUGCUUGAGACAGUCUUCCUGCUAUGAUUUGAAAUUUGCUGUAAUAUUCUAUUGUCAAGAACAAAAUUCAAUUUUUUUUCUUCCAACAAAGCUGGU